ACCAUCCUGCGGUAUUACCAAGAACACGACAAAGUUGAUUCCACACUCCCCCAUUUCUUUUAACCCAGCGUUAUUGGAUGCGUUGUGCAGUAUGAAGGCAAGCGCAUAAAAGUAGGCUGCAAAUUGCAGGUUAGUACUUUACAGAAUGCACAACAAACAGCGUCAGAAAAGUUCUGUGUAUGUCAGGUUUUUACAACAUUGGCCAAUAAUAAGUGGAAUCGAUGUUGCAAAAGCAUCGGACAUACAACGUUGCUACAAUCAAAGGGAAUUACACAAACGAAUGUCAUUUGAAAUGCGCCAAAAAAGUGUGGACAAGUUACCGUCUGUUAAAGAAGCACGUGAAAACCAUUCCUAGAUCUAUAUCUUCCAAGCACGCUAAACCAUUUGACACCUCAACAAAUACAAAAACAGAGCUUCCAAUACGACCAAAACAUUCUCGAUCAGUCAUGCAGCAACAAUAUAUUCUGCCUCCAAUGUUACUUCCUCUCCCUUAUCAAUCGAAACCAUUUGAUUUUAAGAAAAUUAACUCUGCCAAGGCCCCAAAGCCAGUGCUGGACCCGUUUUUCUACACACCUGCUGCACGUCAUCAAAGGUCCAGGGCGUACGAGAAUCAAAGGAAAACAAACAUUUCUGAAUUGUCGAGUAAAGAUUACUCUAUCAGGAGAAACUCAAACGAUUUACAAAAUGUGUAACCAUAUGGGCUGCGGAUUUCGAUAUACACUUCUUUAUAAAGGGUAUUUUGUCCAAUAAAACACUUUUGUUUAGUUCUUUUUUUCAACUAAAUUCUUAAUUUUCGGUCCCAAAAUCUCUUGAUUAAAAAUUUGGGCCAAAA